AUCCGGUUCGUGAUCGAUGAGCGGUUCGAACCGGAGCCAAGAGAGAGAAAGACAAGAGUAUGUCCUCGGGACCUCGUGAGCCUUUCUCUCUCUUCAUCGUGAGGUUUCGUGCGAAGGAGAAAGAAGCUGCGGGAAUUUGUUAUCUCCUUCAAUUCUCUUUUGGAGGGAGAUUGAGGAUCAGAAAUAUUGCGCUGAUAGCUGAGGUUGUAUCGUGGAUGGAAGAAGCAUGGGAGAGGGCCAUAGAGGCCAAGCUCGAGGGGUUGGCGACCCCGUUUUCGGAACUUCGAGUGCUGAAUCUAGAUGGAGCUGUGAAAUCUCUCCAUGGAUGCCUCCCACCCGCGGGGCUUCUUGAGAGAUUUCCAGGCCUGGAGCAUCUCUCUAUUGCGAACGUCGGUGCAUACUCCUUGGAGAGAUUCCCCCGAUUACGGAACCUCCAGAGGCUUAUCCUUUCGGAUAAUCGUAUCGGCGGUGGGCUCGAGAGCUUGGUGGAUGCUGGGCUGCGAUCGCUUCGCGAUCUUGAUCUAUCCAAUAACCGGAUCCAGCUAAUCGAGGAUCUGGCCCCACUUGCUUCUCUACAUCUCGUCUCCGUCGAUCUCUACGAAUGCCCGGUCACUAGGGUUAAGGAUUAUCGAUCCAAGGUGUUCUCGUUGAUCCCGACUUUGAAGUACCUGGACAAGCUUGAUGCGAAUGGGAACGAGAGGCCGGAGACUGAUGAGGAGGAGGAAGAGGAGGAGGAUGAGGAGGAGGAAUAUGACGAUGACGAGGAAGAUUCCGGGAGUGGUGAGGUUGAUGGCGGUGAUCAGAAUGGGAAGCUGACCAGUGGUGCUGAAAAUUCCGCUGAUGGGGAUGAGGGAAUUGUUGAUGCUGAUGACGAUGAAGGGAGUGAUGCUGAUGAGGAGGAGAUUGAGACUAAUGGGAGAAGAACAGGCAGUGGAUCAUCCGGAGGAUCUGGCCAUCACAUAUCUAAUGAAGUCAGAGUGGCUACAAGUGCUACUGUGUAUGCAGAAGGAGAUGAGCAUGAUGGGGAUGGAUAUGAUGAUGUUGAAGACGAGGAUGAGGAAGAUGAUGAUGAUGAUCUGGGAGAGGGGGUCGAUGAGGAGGAAGGUGAUUAUGAAGAUGAUGUGGCUGAGAUGCAUAACGUUUUGGAUAGUGAUGAGGAGGAUGAAGAUGGGGUUGAUGAAGUGGAGAUUGAUGAAGAGGAAAUUGAUGAAGAUGGGGAUGCUGAGGAGGAGGAGGAGGUGGAUGAGGAUGAUGAUGAGUUGGGUGUCGGGGAUGAGGAGGAUCCUGAGCCUGCAAGCACGGGUAGGCAUACUAGUACUGAGGGAGAGAUUGAUGGACAUGAUCAUGGGGAGGAGGAUGAAAAUGGGGAGAUUGGACAAGAGGAUGAGCAGGGAGUAGAGGAUAGAGAUGCUGAGGAAGAAGAUUAUGGUGAAAGUGAAGAUGAGGAUGAUCUUGAUGGCGACUACCUGGUCCAGCCCAUCGGUCAGUCAAGCUGGCUCAAUCGCAAUGCUGGUAACGAAGAUGAUGAGAUCGACUAUGAAGAUGAGAACCGCACAAGCAAUGGUACACUGAAUCAGGCUUCAUCUUCUUCAGAAGCCAACAAGAGAAAAAGAGACGAAGAUGGCCGCCUUGACAACGAUAAAACCGACGAACCGACGCCGUCGAAGCGAGAGAACUUGAUAGGUUCAAAAAGAAGGUUUGGGAGGGAAGGGCAUGGUAGCCGUUUAUAGCCGUUUGCCUCAAAAUUUAAAAGUUUGUUGGUGACUUCUGUCAGCACAUGAACUCAGAUAAGGCUCGGCUUCCCAAUAUCAUAAAGCUCAGAGAAAAGAG